CCCGUGACACAACAAGAGGACAGUCAUAGCUGCGGCCCCAUUGUUAUGAAGAUGGCCCGGCUGCGAAUGACGGGACAGGCCCCUCCAACGACCUAUGACCCUGAAAGCCUCCGCCAAGAAGCUAUCAGGGUCUUACGCUUGGCAUGGUCGGAUGGUAUUUUGUGUCGCCAACCAGGCAGCUCGACGGGGAAAAGGAAGCGAGCUGAUGUCGAGCCCGCCAAGAAGAGGAUGAAAGCCUACGAGAAGUAG